UGCUCUGUUUGCCACAGGCCGGAUUCUCCUGCUUCCUUGCAUCGUCAUUGGUCCAUGCCAUUACUGGCAUUCUCAGCACUGCAGCACUAAUGUAGUGUGUGAUGAUCUGGUCAACUAGAUUGCAAGGCAAGGGGCGUCACCUGAAGCAUGAUUUUCCUGCUUGUGGUGAGGAGUCUUCUUUCUUUCUUAUUUUCAUACCGAAGAAGGAAAAGCUCUGCAAUCUGUAGAUGAAAUGGAAUUCUUUUAUUUGCUUCUUUGCACUUCGUUUCUCUUGAUCGCAACCCAUGGCCUUCUUAGCUUUCGAAAUUGGCUAUCAAUUUCAAGAAAAUUACCACCAGGUCCCUUCGGUCUUCCCAUAGUUGGCAGCUUAUUCCAGAUUGGCGACCGGCCCCACGAGUCCUUAAUGGCUCUUGCUCAUGCCCACGGUCCGCUCAUGUCUCUACGUCUCGGAUUUGUCACGACCGUGGUCGUUUCUUCUGCCGACAUGGCGAAGGAGAUCCUACAAAAGAAAGAUCAUGCCUUUGCGGGCCGGGCCAUCCCUGAUUCAGCCACAGCUGAAGCUAACUACGAGCUGUCUGUGGCGUGGCUUCCUCCGGGCCCACUUUGGCGGACCCUUCGGAAGAUCUUGAACACUCAGAUCAUGACCAUACAGAGGCUGGAUGCGCUGCAAGGCCUCCGAAACAAGAAGAUGGUGGAGCUGGUUCAGCACGUUCGGGAGAUCUCUGUCGCUGGUCGGGAAGUGAACAUCGGAUGGUUGGCCUUCGCGACGACAUUCAAUUUGCUAUCGAGCACCGUUUUCUCGAUCAACUUGGUGGACCUUAAAUCGGACGGUGCACAAGAAUUCAAGGACGCAGUGUCGAGAAUUAUGGAGUUUGCUGGGAAACCUAAUCUUUCAGACUACUUCCCGUUUCUUAGGCCAUUUGAUCUGCAGCAGAUCAGGCGUAGUGUCAAGGUUUCUUAUGAUAGGCUUCAUGUACUGAUUAAUGAAAUCGUCAAUCAACGGCUGCAAUACAGAGAAUUGGGGUGUGCCAGAAACGAGGAUUUCUUAGAUGUCCUUCUUGAUUACAGCCAGGAACAUGGCCCUGAAUUCGAUCGACGGCAAGUCAAUUCGCUUCUUGCGGAUUUGUUCAUUGCCGGAAGCGACACGACCUCCACCGCGAUAGAGUGGGUAAUGGCUGAGCUCCUCCACAACCCGGACAAAAUGGCGAAGGCCCAAAAGGAGCUUGCGGACAUGAUCGGCACAAGGCGGGCUAUCGAAGAAUCCGACAUUCCCCAACUCUGUUAUCUGCAGGCAGUGGUGAAAGAGGCAAUGCGGCUGCACCCAACAGUGCCCCUCCUUCUACCUCAUAGAGCCGUGGCUGACGUUGAACUGUGUGGUUUCAUCAUACCAAAAAAUACCCAAGUGCUCAUAAAUGCAUGGGCGAUUGCCAGAGACGCUUCGAUCUGGGAAGACCCGACGAGUUUCAAGCCUGAGAGGUUUUUGAGGUCUGAUGUUGAUUUCAGAGGUGGAAACUUUGGGUUUCUCCCGUUCGGGGCAGGCCGUCGGAUAUGUCCGGGCAUGCCACUAGCGGUCAGGAUGGUGAGCUUGAUGGUGGCCACUCUGAUCCAUUCGUUUGAUUGGAAACUACCGAAUGGAAUGCUACCACAUGAGAUGGACAUAAGCGAUAGGUUUGGAGUUACUCUGCAGAAGGCAUAUCCUCUUGUUGCAGUCCCGUUUUUGCAUUUGGUAUAGUAUUCUGGCCGCUUUCAGUUUUAAAUUUUGUAUACAUUGUACCAUGAUUCGAAAUCUAGAACAUUAAUCUGAUGAGAUUACCAUGACUACGAGGAACAUUCUAGCUAUCUGAUCAAUGGCCAGGAUUCAGUUAA